AUGGAAGAGUAUCCCCCUUUGUCUGUCGGAUCGUAUAUCAUUGGGGGUAUCAAAAUUUGCGAAGAAAUUUCAUCCAAAGAUCUUUUAGUCGACAUGCUAAUUCGAGAGGCAAGGGGGUAUGAUGAUGCCAAUUCCUAUCCUGAUAAUGCAAAAAAUAAACGUUUAUGGGUCGCUGAUCUUAAAUAUGCUGUUGAUUUUCAAAACAAUGAAUCACAGGAUAUUUUAAGAACCACCUCAUAUAUUUCUCGAAAAGAGAAAGCCCAUUUAAUAAUAUCUGCCUGGGGUAAUCUCUGUUUGUUUAAAAAAUUAGUAAAACUUCACCAUUUAACCAUUUCGGAGUGUAUUACGGAUGUAGAAGGUAGAAUCUUAGUACACUUGGCAUUACUAAAUAAUCCAAGGGCGGUUAUACAAGCAAUGGAUGCCGUAAACCAUUAUUAUUUUCAUACCCUAAAUAACCCUUUCCAUCGUAGUGAUGAAUUCUGGAAAAAUUUCAUAGAACAUUUUGGUGCAUAUACACGAAAUAACCUCCUCCCAUUUACUAGUUCAAAUACCGCAAGCUUUCAUAAUACCACACAUCAAGAAUGCGUUAACACUUUACUUCGCAAUCUUGGCCCAUUAUCAACCUCUGUUAAUGAAUUUGUACAAAAAUUCUAUGAAAAUUUAUAUGAAAAACUAGAGAAGUUGACGUGGGGUCCUUUUGCAUCUCGAUCUUUUGGAAUCUUCUCAAUGAUCGCUAUUAAUUACAAUACAACUAGCGAUUACCAUUGGGAUGAACAUAACGAACCAAAUAGUUUAUGCUGUUUGGUCACCCUUGGAGAAUUUAAGAGAAGAGAAUUAUGUUUCCCUCAACUCCAGAUUGUUAUACCGCUUCAGCCUGGACAAGUUGUAGCAUUUUCCUCAC